UCCCUUUGGAUCAAGAAAAGUGGUGGACUAAUCCCACAUAUCAUCACCCUCUUCUUAUGUUCAUCCUCUUCUCAUUCAUUCCCAUAAUGAUCAAACUCCAAUAUUAAUCUCAUCAUCCAAUCCAAUCCAAUCCAAUUCAAUCCACCACCUCUUGUCACACCAGCCAUGCUCUUUGCAUUCCCCAAGCUCCGCCGCACAUUGCCGCCCGUCCUCGUCCUCGUCCUCGUCCUCAUCCUCGUCCUCGCCCUCGUAUCCACCUCCCACGCAGCCGACUGCGACGCCCUCGCCUACUUCAAUCUCACCAUCACAGCCUCUCCCCCCCUCAGUUGGUCCAUCUCCGAUGACUGCUGCACAUGGGAGGGCAUUGGCUGCGACGCCUCCGGCCGCGUGAUCACUCUCCGCCUCCCGUCUCGCCGCCUCUCCGGGACAAUCUCCCCUUAUAUAACCAACCUCACCUCCCUAACUCACCUCAGCCUCUCCCACAACUCCCUCUCCGGCCCUCUCCCGGACGGAUUCUUCGCCUCGUUGGCUCGCCUACGUGUCGUUGAUCUGAGCUGGAACCGCCUCACCGGGGAGCUCGACAGACUUCCAGCUCAGAUCAACACAUUCAAUCUGUCAAGCAAUCAUUUUCAUGGAACAUUGCAGCUUUCCUUCUUCCAGCCUGCUCCGGACAUGGACUACUUCGACAUCAGCAAUAACAGCUUCACCGGAACAAUCCCGGCCUUCAUCUGUGGCUUCGCUCCCUCGAUCACGCGCCUCGACUUCACCAACAACGACAUGACAGGCCCGAUCGGUCCGGGAUUCGGGCAGUGCAAGAAUCUUCUUAGCCUGAGAGGAGGAUUCAACCUCCUCUCAGGUCAGAUUCCCGGAGAUAUUUAUGAUCUCCGGGAACUGCAAGAAUUGUCCUUUCCUGGCAACCAGCUCUCAGGACCAAUCGAUCAGAGGAUUCUCAAUCUUAACCACCUUAAAGUCCUCGCCUUGUACGGCAACGGCUUCACCGGACCCAUCCCGCGUGACAUCGGAAAACUGUCCGAAUUGGAAGAGCUGCACCUCCACAUAAACAGCUUCACUGGCACGAUCCCACCCUCUCUAACAAACUGCACAUCCAUCAAAACCUUGAAUUUGCGGGUGAAUCACCUCGAAGGCGAGCUUUCCUCGUUCGACUUCUCGAGCUUCACCCGCCUCCGAUCAGUUGAUCUCGGCAACAACAACUUCAGUGGCACCUUACCAACAACCCUUUUCUCUUGCAAGAUGCUCACCGCAAUCCGCCUCGCCACGAACAAGCUCACCGGAGAGAUACCGCCUGAGAUAGCGUCUCUGCAGUCGCUCUCGUUCCUAUCUCUCUCCAACAACACCUUAACAAACAUGACAACUGCAAUGAAGAUUCUCACCGGGUGCAAGAAUCUCACCACAUUGACCCUCUCAAAGAACUUCUAUAAUGAAGCAAUGCCGGGGGACGAGGCCCUGAUCGCUCCCGGGGCGUUUCAACAACUCCAAAUCCUGGCUCUUGGGGGCUGCUGGUUCACCGGCCCUGUCCCCUUGUGGCUCAAGGGGCUGGUUAAACUCGAGGUUCUCGACUUGUCUUUCAAUAACUUCACGGGCCCUGUUCCCGGUUGGUUCGGGACAUUCCCGAACCUUUUCUACUUAGAUUUGUCGCAUAAUAUGUUAACAGGAUACUUCCCGAUGGAGCUUACUCGAAUGCAGCGGCUAGCAUCAAAGCAGAACCCCGACCAAGUCGACACCACGAGCUUAGAGCUGCCUGUGUUCGUGAGGCCGGACAACGCCUCCAACCUGCAAUAUAGUCAGCUCUCGAACCUUCCAACAGCAUUGUAUCUUGAUUAUAACAACAUCAGUGGCACCAUCCCGGUUGAGAUUGGUCAGUUGAAGUUCAUCAUAGCCCUUGAUCUUAGCUACAACAACUUCUCCGGCAAAAUUCCUGAUACAAUAUCAGGUCUCACUAACUUGGAGAAGCUGGACUUGUCUGGAAAUCACCUCUCCGGCGAAAUCCCGCCAUCGCUGCAGAAUCUCCAUUUCCUGUCGUUUUUCAGUGUUGCACACAAUGAUCUUGAAGGAGCAAUACCUACCGGAGGCCAGUUUGACACGUUCCCGAACACAAGCUUUGAGGGGAAUCUAAGGCUGUGUGGGCGUGUCCUCCAGCGGCCGUGCACUAACAACGAGUCGGGCAGCACGGUACCCUCAGAGGAAAGGAGAGGGAAUAGGAAGAAAACUAUCAUACUGACACUUGUGAUCUCUUCAAGUAUCUUCACCAUGAUUCUACUUCUUUAUUGCAUCUUUUCAAAGAGGAGAGUCCUACAAGUAGGCAAUGGUGAUGAGAAGGAUCUCGACACGAUGUCCUUCAACUCCUCGGGGGUGUUCCCCGAGGUAGCAAGGGACACCAGCCUUGUUAUACUGUUCAGGAAUGACAAUAGCAGAGUGGAGGAUCUCACGAUACUCGAUAUACUGAAGGCCACGGACAACUUCAACCAGUCGAAUAUCAUUGGCUGUGGGGGUUUCGGGUUGGUGUACAAAGCAACUCUUGCCAACGGCACAAAGCUUGCGAUCAAGAAGCUCUCGGGAGACAUGGGGUUGAUGGAUAAGGAAUUCAAAGCAGAAGUGGAAGCCUUAUCCACAGCCCAACACAAGAACUUAGUCACUCUGCAGGGUUACUGCGUGCACGACGGCUUCAGGCUGCUGAUAUACUCUUACAUGGAGAACGGGAGCGUCGACUACUGGCUGCACGAGAAGCCCGAUGGAGCAUCUCAGCUUAGCUGGCCAAUUCGUCUCAAGAUUGCUCAAGGCACGAGCUGUGGGGUGGCUUACAUGCACCAAAUAUGUGAACCGCACAUCGUGCACCGUGACCUCAAGUCCAGUAACAUCCUCCUCGAUCAAAACUUUGUACCACAUGUAGCUGAUUUCGGGCUAGCAAGGUUGAUUCUUCCGUAUCGCACUCAUGUCACCACGGAGCUGGUUGGCACCCUCGGCUACAUUCCACCCGAAUACAGCCAGUCGUGGAUAGCGACCUUUAGAGGGGAUGUCUAUAGCUUUGGAGUCGUAAUGCUCGAGCUGCUAACUGGGAAGAGACCUGUUGAGCUGUUCAAGUCAAAGAUGUCUAGAGAAUUAGUUGUCUGGGUGCAUCAAAUGAGGAGCGAGGGAAGGCAAGAGGAAAUCUUCGACCCUCUCCUAAGAGGGAAAGGCUUUGAGGAAGAGAUGCUGCAAGUGCUUGAUGUUGCUUGUAUGUGUGUCAACCACAAUCCGUUCAAGAGGCCGACUAUAAAAGAAAUCGUUGAUUGGCUGAAAGAUGUAGGAUCCAACAGACAGACUGCAUAAGGUGAAGAACUCGUAAAUACAGAACUAUGAGUUUGCUGUCAAUGCCAACAUAAAUCCAAAAAGUCAUGCUCAUAGAAAAUUUUCCUCCAUUCAUAAGCAGAUUUUGAUGUAAUGUAAGUAUUUUCAUGUUGUAAAUAGAUAAAUUUUGCAUCCAUGAAAAGUCAUGUAUUGAACAAUUUGAUAGGUAGAGCUAAAUGUAGUUUCUUUUACAUGAACAAAUGAAAGUAAUAAUUCUCUUGCAAAA